AUGGCUUCUAUAAGAGAACGAAUUAACUCCAUCAAGCGCACAUUCAUUGAAGGAAGUGUGCAUUCAAUUGACGACACAAUCACUUUCCCUCCAAUAGAUGUCAAUCGGGUGUUGCAAUCGCAUGAAGACGCCUUGAUCCUAACAUUGGGAGUGGGUGGAUUUGACAUGCGGAGAAUCCUAGUUGAUCUAAGUAGUUCAACUGAUCUCUUGCAAAUGUCAACCUACAGGCAAAUAAGCCACUUGCCAUCUGCCCUAGAAAAUCUAAGACGUCUGUUAUCUGGAUUUAAUAGAGUUACAACAACCUUCCUAGGCGAUGUUGUGUUUCUCCUCCAAGUUGACCCAAUCACAAUGAACCUAGCCGUGCGACAAUACUAUCAGGUGGAGUUGGAGUCUGGAUAUCCGAUCAAUGAGAAGACGCCUCCGGAGCCAUCGAAUGCUCUUCAGAAGCUCACAAAGGCUGGGUUAUUGACAGCUCUUGCUCCUAGGCCGUUGUUUCAACUCGUCCCGCCACAGUUCAGGAUGGAUUUACAUUGUGCAUACCAUUAA